UUAGGCGUUAUCAGUAGUAUCAGGACGAACAGACAAUUCAGUGGGCGUUAUCGGGCGCCCCCUUUUCACAAUGUGUAGUUCAGAACAAUCGUCCUCCACAUAAACAAGCUUUUAAAAUUACAAUUUAAACUUUUUUUUAAUAUUUAUUUUUUAACAUUAAACUCUUGAUACGUCAGUGUGACAUAUGUUCUGCAAUGAAAACAAUUACUAUAACUGAGCCUAUUAAUUUAAGAGUAGUUAAGUUUGAACUCGAAUUUUCAUCGCUAUACGACUAUAAACCUAAACAUCGCAAGAAAAGCAAAGCAAUCAAUGUCCCGCAUAUAAACUGUGAAAAGAAACAAAACGAGAUACCAAAUCCACCAGAAAUACAAUGUAAACAAAAGAAGCAAAACGUAAAAGAAUUGGUAGAAGAACUUUUAAAUGAUAUUUAUGCUGAUCAUCGAGAUUGGACAACCAUUAGCGGUCACGGAUCGACUGCUGCAUCUUUUACUUCCUCGCAAUCAAACUGUGGAGAACAAUCAGAUUUCAUCGAGAUCAGCUAUUUGGAAUCUUUGGAUAUCAAUGAACUCAAAGACCAAGUUCUGGAAUGGAAAAGGUGUCUGCAAGUAGCUGGGGAACGUUUAGCCAAAUGUUUACGGUUACGUGAUCGUCUGCACCGUCAACAGAAAAAGCUAUGUGCAGCAUUCACAGUAAUUCUACGUCAUUUAACUGGCGAUGCAAACAUACGAUUUGGGGUUACGCCAGGCAGCGAAGCCCCCGGCGAGGGUGGUUUUACGGAGUGGCUACACGCUAUGCGUCUAGUUGCUCGCCUACCUGCUGGAGUACCACAGCACUUCCGCAGAAAGCUAUGGUUGACGCUAGCAGAGCGCCACUUGACCGCGCGCGGGGUAGACUGGCCGGCCGCGGAGCGCGCGUGUUUUCGAGGCACCGCCCAGCCCGAUGAUACUGAACUGAGUGCUCAAAUCCUUAAGGAUCUGCACAGAACAGGCUGUUCCCUUUUUUGUGGAGUGGAAGGUCGCGAGAAUCAAGCAAUGCUUAGAAGAGUUUUGUUAGCUUACGCCAGGUGGAAUAAGGAUGUUGGUUAUUGUCAAGGUUUUAAUAUGUUAGCAGCUAUUAUUUUGGAAGUUAUGGAUAAAUCGGAAUCAGAUUCUUUAAAGGUAAUGAUUUAUUUAGUAGAGGCAGUUCUACCUGAAGGCUACUUUGCAGAUGAUCUUCGAGGUUUAUCAGCUGAUAUGGCGGCUUUCAGAGAUCUUUUGAGAUUAAGACUACCGAGAUUGGCACAACAUAUGGAUCACUUGCAAAGAAUAUCUGACGGUGGUGGUGUAGAGCCUCCUUUGCCAGAUGUAUUCACUAUGCAAUGGUUUCUUACAUUAUACGCCACAUGGCUACCUCGUGAGUCGUUGUUGAGAAUUUGGGACUUAAUCUUACUUGAUGGCAAUGAAGUUUUGUUACUGACUGCUUUGGCAAUUUGGGAUAUGCUUCAGGACCGGAUUCUAUCAGCGCGGUCUGCAGACGAGUUCUACAGCUGUAUGGGUGGCGGUGUGGGAGCUGUAUGGGAAGCUGGAGAAUCUUUGGUAGUGCGGGUCGUUGCGUUUAACUCUGUCCCAGAGUUGCCAAGAUUACGCAGUCUACAUAGAUACAGAGUAACACCGCCAGCACCUCCAAAUGCACCCCCAGUAUUUCACCCCCCUUUGCAAUCAGCAAUGCAGUCUAUGACUAAGCGAGGUUUAAGACUUUUCUAUUCAGAAGACGAAGGAGAGUCUAGUGACGAAGGAAAUAAAAUGGCUUUAGCAACGGUGGCUACAAGACGAGAACAGAGACCUGGUGCUGGUGAUAGGUUAUCUCUCGAUAUUGGAGCCUUAAAACGACAAUAUGCUCGACUUCGUGAGAGGCAGCGACAGGCUCAUGUCAUUUUAGCGGCGGCCUGCGCGCGUCACGCAGCUGUUGGUGUCCCGACUUCGCCAACAUCCCUUACAGUCAACAACCUUCUCCUGGGAAAAAGUGCUAUUGUGAGUUCAAGAGGACGAAGACUUGGACCUCCUCCGGGUGCAGUACCACCAUCUCGUCAAACUACAAAUUCUAAUGAAAAAUUCGAACGGUACAGUAGCAGAUCUUCAAAUGAUACUAUAAGUUGGGAAGAAGAAAAAACUCGCAAAACACUCAAUAGGAGAAAUUCUGUAAAAUGGAAAGAUAUAAAAAAAGAUACGGCCUUAGAAUUUGCUAGAAAACCAUCUAUUGAUUUAGAUGAAUCUGGAGAUGGAAUUAUUGUCUCUGAAAUAGAAGCAAAUCAAAUGAUUGCAUCGAUGAGAUCACGAAGUUCUAGUGAAACAUCGUCAUAUUCUUCGCGGUCUGAAUCUAGUACAGACACAAGUCUUUGUGAUGAAAAUGAAAAAGCUAGUGAUUCUGAAGCCGAUUUACCCAAUGAUGAUAAAGAAAAUAAUAUAAAUAGCACGAAAAACAAAAUAAAUUUACCCACAAACUCCCCCCCUUUGUACAUAGAAAAGCAAAAUAAUGUAUUGCCUUCUUCUAAAGACACGUCAAUGCUACCAUCGCCUACUUCAAACCAAAAAUCUAAUUCAGACGAUAAAAGUGUAAAGAAUAUAACAGAUUAUCUUGGCUCCGCUGCCGGGGAGCCAUUACGCGUUUAUAUAGAUGGGUUUGAAAUGAAAUUAAAAGACACUCAAAUGGUUAACAAUGACAGCAAAUCCUAUACAGUUGUUAGUCCACUUAAACCCGUUCAUUCACCACAGAUAGACGUUGAAAGCAAUAAUUCAUUUAAACACUUACAAUAUGAGCAUAGGAAUAAUAAAAAAAAUACAAAUUUAUUAAAAUCCAAAAAUAAAAUACACCUAAGUCCCAUCGACUUGUCCCCUCAUAAUUGUGUAAGAAAAUUUCAUGCACCUACAAAAAAUCACAAUAAAUUAGAAACAGUAUCCUUAAAUAAACGUGAUGAUGUUUCAUAUACAUCUCCAGAUAUAAUCGAUACUUUUGCAAGCUACCCGAAUUUCGUACCCGAUAUUGACUUGUCUGAUAAAUAUAUGUCAGACCCAGAAAGUCCCUUGAGAAGCCCUGAAUCCGAAAGCCUCAUUGUCAGUGAAGAUGAACCUCCUAUUCCAUUAAAAGUAGAUAAAUAUUUUGAACAUAGCCCUGAAUUUUUCGGAGCACGAUUAACUGAUCCUCACAGUUCAAACAUACCGAGUAGACGAGCUACAAAAAGAAAUUCACGUUUACCUAAAAAAACAGACUCUUUAACUCAUAACAGUGGAAAAAAUGUUAAAAACGAUGCAGAGAGAGCUUCAUCUCUGCCACAACCUCAUACUUUUGUAUGUAAAAAGUCUGUAAGUCCAGAAGUAAAGGAAGAGAAAAAAGAAGGCCAUAAAUUAAGGAAAAAGUCAUUUCAACACACUGAACACGUAGAAAAAGAUUUUCAAAAACCUAUUAUUGAAGAUAUUGUAAUAGAUAAAGUAAAUGAAAGCCCUCCAUGUGUCAAAGAGUAUGUACUAAAAUCAGGCCGAAAAAAUAGCGAAAGAGCUUUACAAAUUAUACAAGAAAAUUCACAAAUAUUGAGCAGAAUUUUAACAAAACAAAACUCUAAUGCAGCAGCUAAAGAAAAAGAAAUUAUAGAUACUACAAAAACAAAAUUAGUCGAAGACGACGUAACACCUACCAACACAAGUAAAAUAUUAACGGAUUUUUCUUUAGUCAAAGACAGCGCUGCUAAACUUAAUUUACUUAAAGAAUCUACAUCUGAUUCUUUGAUUGGUUGUUUAAGAAGACCUUCAAGAGGCGAACCAGAGGAUAAAAAUGAUUUUCUUAGAGAAAGACCUAUAUCAAUUGAUGACCCUUUUUCUUUUGAAAUUCGUAAUGUCUUAACAUCAAACGAUGAAUUUGAUAUUAAAAAUUUAAAAACACCGAGCAUUGAAUGCCUCGUAAAUAAACCAGAUUAUUACGGUUGGGAAAAUAAGGGGUUCUUAGCAAAAUGUGAUUUUCGAAGCAAUCUAAAUCGACAAGAAAUUUCGGAGGAUGAAUACAAAAAGAGAACCAACAUCAUUUGUCAUGAUUCGCAGCAUAGCAUAAGGAAUCAAAAUAAUUUAAAAGGAGACUGGUCCAGUUGCUCAUUUUCAGAGGAGUCGAAAAUAUCAGUCACACUUCCUUCAUCAGAAAUGAAGGACACUUCAUCAUUUGAUCGUCGCUACACUUCGGACGAUUAUAACUAUCCUAUGACGAAUUCCAGCAAAUAUAAUGAUUUUGUUAUAUCAAAGGCUAGUGAUAUAUGUAGUAAAAUAAUAGAUCGAAGUCCUAAAAUUAUCGAUAAUGUAAUAAAAACCGAAAAUAGUCAAUUUAGUGACUUUUCACACAAGGUUACAUCAUCUAUUAGUUUUACAUGUGAACCAUCAAUGGAAGACGAUUCUCCAAUGGGUGCAAAAAGUAAUUCUAGUGAUACAUUGUGUCAAAUUACUUCUUUAGAUCAAAUAUCUACACCUAUAUCACCAAAAACUUUUCCCAAUAGAGACACACCAAAUUUGCCUAAAGAUUCAACAGAAAAAAGUGACACUGUUAAACUAGAAUCAGACGAUACUUGCAGCGCCAUUACUUCUCUUCUAGAAACGGAUACAUUAUCUUCUUUGUCUUACCCUCGCAGUCCAUCGACUGGAUCUUACCAUCCUUUUCCGACGAGACCUGCUAUUCGUCUGCCAAAAGAUCUUGGAAUUAAACUAGGAAUGUAUCCUAAAGAAUCUUUUCCUUCUCCGCAGAAAUGAAUAUUUGCAUAUUGCCACUUUUACAUAGUAAUACCUUUACAGAAAUAAAUAUGUUAAUAUGUGUUUUAUAAGCAUUUGAAUUCAAAUGCGUUUGUUUUGUGAUGGUUUUCGAUUAAUUUACUGCUUUUUUUCGCAGACUGUUUUGUUAUGCAAUAAAAAUAUAUAUGCCAUAAAUAUAUUUUAUUAGAUAAAAUAAUUCAAAAUAAUGUUAAUAAGACUUGCUUUAUCAGCUUAUUUGGAAUACGAAAGAAUGCAUAUAAAUAAUUAAAUAUUUUAAAAUUGAUAAAAAUAAGCAAUUCGUAUUAUAUUUGAAGAAAUUAUUAUUAAGAAAACACUACGGAAAGUUGCCUUUAUCUUCGUUAUUUUGUAAAG